UUAAUAUAAACUUACUUCCCUUGUUUCCUCCGCCGCCUUCCGCCGCACCGGACGGACCUCCCGAAGCCAACCGCUCUUCAAAAGCCCUCCUCUCCUCUCCUCUCCCAUUCCCCAUUUCAGGCCCCCGCAACUCUCUCUCCCAAAAUGCAAUCCUCGCUCUCGCUUUCCCUCUCUUCGCCGUCCCCCGCCGCCGCCAGAUCCGGCCGCGCCGUUGCCGGCGAAAAUGUCUUGUUCGCUGCGAACGCCUCGAUUGUGCAGCGCUCGCUCAGGUUCUGCGGUCUCAGGAGAGAGGUGUAUGGAUUCCGCUCCUCCGGCUCGGCUCGCCUCGUCGCGGAGUUUACCAAGAAGCAGCGAAGCUUCAGCAAGGUGUCCGCCGCAUUGUCGGGCAAUGGCACCCCGGCCAAGGGGUUUGACUAUGAUUUGGUGAUAAUCGGAGCUGGAGUCGGCGGCCACGGUGCUGCACUUCACGCUGUCGAGAAGGGCUUAAAAACUGCCAUUAUUGAAGGGGAUGUGGUUGGAGGAACAUGUGUAAAUCGGGGUUGUGUUCCUUCCAAAGCCCUCCUUGCUGUAAGUGGUCGUAUGCGGGAGCUUCAAAAUGAACACCACAUGAAGGCUUUUGGUUUACAGGUUGCAGCUGCUGGAUAUGACAGACAGGCAGUUGCUGAUCAUGCCAGCAACCUUGCCUCAAAAAUCCGAAGUAACUUAACCAAUUCGUUAAAAGCUCUUGGUGUUGAUAUAUUGACUGGUGCUGGUACAAUUUUGGGCCCACAAAAAGUGAAGUAUGGAACCGACAAUGUAAUUACAGCAAAAGACAUAAUCAUUGCUACUGGGUCCGUACCCUCUGUACCUAAGGGAAUUGAAGUUGAUGGUAAGACAGUGAUAACUAGUGAUCACGCACUCAAACUGGAAUUUGUUCCUGACUGGAUAGCUAUCGUGGGAAGCGGUUAUAUUGGUCUGGAGUUCAGUGAUGUGUAUACAGCACUUGGAAGUGAGGUCACAUUUGUUGAAGCUCUAGAUCAGCUUAUGCCUGGCUUUGAUCCUGAGAUUGGAAAGUUGGCCCAGCGGGUUCUGAUAAAUACUCGAAAGAUUGAUUAUCAUACUGGUGUAUUUGCAAGCAAGAUUACUCCUGCAAAGGAUGGGAAGCCUGUAACAAUUGAGCUCAUUGAUGCUAAGACCAAGGAACCAAAGGAUACUCUAGAGGUGGAUGCUGCUCUUAUUGCUACUGGAAGGGCUCCAUAUACAGCUGGACUUGGUCUGGAAAAUAUUAAUGUACAAACUCAACGUGGAUUUGUUCCAGUUGAUGAGCACAUGCAUGUAAUAGAUGCUAAUGGAAAAUUGGUACCUCACUUGUAUUGUAUUGGUGAUGCAAAUGGAAGAAUGAUGCUUGCUCAUGCUGCAAGUGCACAAGGAAUCUCUGUUGUUGAGCAAGUUUGUGGGAAGGAUCAUGUGCUGAACCAUUUGAGCAUCCCAGCAGCAUGUUUCACUCAUCCUGAAAUUAGUAUGGUUGGAUUCACAGAGCCCCAAGCAAGAGAGAAAGCUGAAAAAGAGGGAUUUGAAGUCAGUGUUACCAAGACUAGUUUCAAGGCUAACACAAAAGCCCUUGCCGAAAAUGAAGGGGAAGGACUUGCUAAGUUGAUUUACAGACCUGACAGUGGAGAGAUUCUUGGAGUACACAUCUUUGGAUUACACGCUGCUGACCUCAUCCAUGAAGCAUCUAAUGCAAUAGCUAUGGGAACACGGAUACAGGACAUAAAAUAUGCUGUUCAUGCACAUCCAACGUUGUCUGAAGUACUCGAUGAACUCUUCAAAUCAGCCAAGGUAAGGAGGAAAGCCUCCUUAGGUCCUGAACUGAGAUUCCCUAUCAUUUUACACUGGUUAACCAUUCUAGUCCAGUUAGCGAACCAGUUGCUGUCUAAGCUUAUCGGGAAGGUAUAAUUUUGCAAGAGGCUCGAAGAUUUUGAUGUCGAAGCUGCGCUGCUGCCCAUCAUGUCUUUCUCCAAUGGCCGAGUGGCAAGACGAGUAAGAUGAUACAAACAACACACAAAAGGGAGAAGAAGGGAUAGUGUCUGUCUGCAGUUGUUGUUUCCUCAAUUUUGUGUCAAUUUUUUUGCAUAAUGAAUGGACUAGUCUUCAUUAUUAGUCUUGGGGGUUGUUUUACUUUCCUUCUUAUAGAGGCUGUAACUGUAAUUGCCAUUGUUGAAAUAUCAGCAGAUAUAUAGAAGCCUUAAUUAUAAAAUGGUGAAUUCAGUUGGGUC